AUGGAUUUAGAUUGGAACUCAGAGUACUCAUGGGAUCUCACUAAGGAAAAUUCGGAUCCGUUGAAUCCGGAAGAAAUUGAGUGUUGGAGGAUGCCUUGGGUGCGGUACAUCGACAAGCCAUACAACCGCGAUAGACCAUCCAAGGAACAACAAAAGAUAGUGGCAAGGCGCGAUCGAGAGCAAGUCCGUGAAAUUGCGUCCAAAUUACACGUUAAACUGCCCCGAGAGUUACGCGAUGAAGUGUAUCAGUACCUUGUUGCUGAGGAGGACACAUUCUGGUUUAGACAAGGUCUGGAAGGUCUUAGCACGGCAUCUGAUGAGCAAUAUGUCAAGGAACCCUAUAAAGUAUUUUGCCCAUCCUAUGUGGGCUACGAGGUUGCAUGCGAAGCCGCGGAACGCUACUAUGCUACCAACGUCUUCGAUGCCGGCACUCAAUCCUACCAUUCGUAUGGAGACCACCCUACCAAGCUUCCGGGAUUACAGUAUCUCAUGCCCCAACUAGUGGAGGACUUGUUCGGCCUGGGUAUAUUGCCGUACAAGUUUAUUCGGCACUUGUUCAUCCGUAUCGAUCUCACUGACAUAUGCCCGCCCAUGUCGAUCAACCCCGAGGAGCCCUCCCGCGAUGAACUAUCGGAUCUCGAGAAGCUACACAAUGACCUAGAAUCCGGGCUCUCGCUGAUUGUGGAGAAAUCUAAGCUUGACGUCACUGUUCAGAUCAUGCCCAGCGAAGAUGAAUGGCAUUGGGGAGGGGAACCGGAUGAGAGCGACAUGGAGCCAGCCGAUGGAGAUCCAUACCGCAUCGGGUUUCUGAAUGUGGAGCGCAGCCUUCUUAAUGUGUUGGAGGCGAUGAGGAAAUCUCUCUACGAUCUGAAAUACUCCGGCUCUUCGGUUACAAUCUUAUGCCUGAUGAAUGUCCGUCGGCCACCAAAAGACAGGAGGAUACGAGGACUAUUCCACCUCACUAAAGAAGAUUGGGAGAAGGUCAGUGUGCACAUAAUGAACAGGAAAUAA